AUGACAUAUCUUCACGUAGUGAUGUUGAUACUACAUUUGCUGAAUAAUUAUCACCCUGUGUCAGGAGGGACACAGUUAGACACACGGACAAAGCUUGACUCCAUAAAGUCCUUGAUCUACAGUAAUGCUAAGGCUACAGUUACACUGGACUCUACAGCUCUAAAGGAACUGGUCAAACUCUCAACAUCAGGAUCUUCAAAAGUAACUCGAGGAAUAAGUUUCUACGCUUAUGUUAAGGCCAAACGACUAACUGUUGGACAAGGACACACUGUUAAAUAUUAUGGGAUUCUGACAAACGAUGGUAAUGGAUAUGAUGAUAGAACGGGAGUAUUCGUGUGUCCAGUGGCGGGAACGUACAUGUUCGUUGUUGAUACUCUUUCCAAUGUUGAAACCUGGCUUGCCAUAAAGGUUAACAAACAAACUGUAGCGACAGUGUAUGGGGCUAUUCAUGAGAAGAAACGUUGGGGGCUAUCAAGCAGAACAGUGAUAGUGAAACUGAAGCGUGGUGAUCAUGUCAAAGUAGAUAAUGAAGGAUUUGGUAAAAGCAUUGAAGUAUAUGAAAGUGGACACUCAGGAUUUGCUGGAACUCUGCUGUAUUUAGAGUAG